GCCCGGGCUAAGAGCGGCCGGCUGGAGCCCCUGAGCCCCCGCUGCGGUCGGGAGCUGCAUGGGGGAGCGCUGGCAGCGCUCGGGAAGAUGCCCCGGCCGGAGCUGCCCCUGCCGGAGGGCUGGGAGGAGGCGCGCGACUUCGACGGCAAGGUCUACUACAUAGACCACACGAACCGCACCACCAGCUGGAUCGACCCGCGGGACAGGUACACCAAACCGCUCACCUUUGCUGACUGCAUUAGUGAUGAGUUGCCGCUAGGAUGGGAAGAGGCAUAUGACCCACAGGUUGGAGAUUACUUCAUAGACCACAACACCAAAACCACUCAGAUUGAGGAUCCUCGAGUACAAUGGCGGCGGGAACAGGAACAUAUGCUGAAGGAUUACCUGGUGGUGGCCCAGGAGGCUCUGAGUGCUCAAAAAGAGAUCUACCAGGUGAAGCAGCAGCGCCUGGAGCUUGCACAGCAGGAGUACCAGCAACUGCAUGCCGUCUGGGAGCAUAAACUGGGCUCCCAGGUCAGCUUGGUCUCUGGUUCAUCAUCCAGCUCUAAGUAUGACCCUGAGAUCCUGAAAGCUGAAAUUGCCACUGCAAAAUCCCGGGUCAACAAGCUGAAGAGAGAGAUGGUUCACCUCCAGCACGAGCUGCAGUUCAAAGAGCGUGGCUUUCAGACCCUGAAGAAAAUCGAUAAGAAAAUGUCUGAUGCUCAGGGCAGCUACAAACUGGAUGAAGCUCAGGCUGUCUUGAGAGAAACAAAAGCCAUCAAAAAGGCUAUUACCUGUGGGGAAAAGGAAAAGCAAGAUCUCAUUAAGAGCCUUGCCAUGUUGAAGGACGGCUUCCGCACUGACAGGGGGUCUCACUCAGACCUGUGGUCCAGCAGCAGCUCUCUGGAGAGUUCGAGUUUCCCGCUGCCGAAACAGUACCUGGACGUGAGCUCCCAGACAGACAUCUCAGGAAGCUUCAGCAUCAACAGCAACAAUCAGUUGGCAGAGAAGGUCAGAUUGCGCCUUCGAUAUGAAGAGGCUAAAAGAAGGAUCGCCAACCUGAAGAUCCAGCUGGCCAAGCUUGGCAGUGAGGCCUGGCCUGGGGUGCUGGACUCAGAGAGGGACCGGCUGAUCCUCAUCAACGAGAAGGAGGAGCUGCUAAAGGAGAUGCGCUUCAUCAGCCCCCGCAAGUGGACACAGGGGGAGGUGGAGCAGCUGGAGAUGGCCCGGAAGCGGCUGGAAAAGGACCUGCAAGCAGCCCGGGACACCCAGAGCAAGGCACUGACCGAGAGGUUAAAGUUAAACAGUAAGAGGAACCAGCUGGUGAGAGAACUGGAGGAAGCCACUCGGCAGGUGGCAACUCUGCACUCUCAGCUGAAAAGUCUCUCAAGCAGCAUGCAGUCCCUGUCCUCAGGCAGCAGCCCCGGAUCCCUCACGUCCAGCCGGGGCUCCCUGGUUGCAUCCAGCCUGGACUCCUCCACUUCAGCCAGCUUCACUGACCUCUACUAUGACCCCUUUGAGCAGCUGGACUCAGAGCUGCAGAGCAAGGUGGAGUUUCUGCUCCUGGAGGGAGCCACCGGCUUCCGGCCCUCGGGCUGCAUCACCACCAUCCAUGAGGACGAGGUGGCCAAGACCCAGAAGGCAGAGGGAGGUGGCCGCCUGCAGGCUCUGCGUUCCCUGUCUGGCACCCCGAAGUCCAUGACCUCCCUGUCCCCACGUUCCUCUCUGUCCUCCCCCUCCCCACCCUGUUCCCCUCUCAUGGCUGACCCCCUCCUGGCUGGUGAUGCUUUCCUCAACUCCCUGGAGUUUGAAGACCCGGAGCUGAGUGCCACUCUUUGUGAACUGAGCCUUGGUAACAGCACCCAAGAAAGAUACCGGCUGGAGGAACCAGGAACGGAGGGCAAGCAGCUGGGCCAAGCUGUGAAUACGGCCCAGGGGUGUGGCCUGAAAGUGGCCUGUGUCUCUGCCGCAGUAUCGGACGAGUCAGUGGCUGGGGACAGUGGUGUGUACGAGGCUUCCGUGCAGAGACUGGGUGCUUCAGAAGCUGCUGCUUUUGACAGUGACGAAUCGGAAGCAUUGGGUGCGGCCCGAGUUCAGAUUGCCCUGAAGUAUGAUGAGAAGAAUAAGCAAUUUGCAAUAUUAAUCAUCCAGCUGAGUAACCUUUCUGCUCUGUUGCAGCAACAAGACCAGAAAGUGAAUAUCCGCGUGGCUGUCCUUCCUUGCUCUGAAAGCACCACCUGCCUGUUCCGGACCCGACCCCUGGAUGCCUCAGACACUCUAGUGUUCAAUGAGGUGUUCUGGGUAUCCAUGUCCUACCCAGCCCUUCACCAGAAGACCUUAAGAGUCGAUGUCUGUACCACCGACAGGAGCCAUCUGGAAGAGUGCCUGGGAGGCGCCCAGAUCAGCCUGGCGGAGGUCUGCCGGUCUGGGGAGAGGUCGACUCGCUGGUACAACCUCCUUGGCUACAAAUACUUGAAGAAACAGAGCAGGGAGCUCAAGCCAGUGGGAGUCACGGCCCCUGCCCCAGGGCCUGCAAGCACGGUGAGCUGGGACCAGGACGCUGUGUCUGCUCUGUUGGAACAGACAGCGGUGGAACUGGAGAAGAGGCAGGAGGGCAGGAGCAGCACACAGACGCUGGAAGACAGCUGGAGGUAUGAGGAGACCAGUGAAAAUGAGGCAGUAGCUGAGGAAGAGGAGGAGGAGGUGGAAGAGGAGGAGGAAGAAGAGGAUGUUUUCACUGAGAAAGCCUCACCUGAUAUGGACGGAUACCCAGCAUUAAAGGUGGACAAAGAGACCAACACGGAGACCCCGGCCCCAUCCCCCACAGUGGUGCGUCCCAAGGACCGGAGGGUGGGCACUCCGUCCCCGGGGCCAUUUCUUCGAGGGAGCACCAUCAUCCGCUCUAAGACCUUCUCCCCGGGACCCCAGAGCCAGUAUGUUUGCCGGCUGAAUCGGAGUGAUAGUGACAGCUCCACUCUGUCCAAAAAGCCACCUUUUGUUCGAAACUCCCUGGAGCGACGCAGCGUCCGGAUGAAGCGGCCAUCCCCACCCCCACAGCCUUCCUCGGUCAAGUCCCUGCGCUCCGAGCGUCUGAUCCGCACCUCGCUGGACCUGGAGUUAGACCUGCAGGCGACAAGAACCUGGCACAGCCAACUGACCCAGGAGAUCUCGGUGCUGAAGGAGCUCAAGGAGCAGCUGGAACAAGCUAAGAGCCACGGGGAGAAGGAGCUGCCGCAGUGGUUGCGUGAGGACGAGCGUUUCCGCCUGCUGCUGAGGAUGCUGGAGAAGCGGCAGAUGGACCAAGCAGAGCACAAGGGUGAGCUUCAGACAGACAAGAUGAUGAGGGCAGCUGCCAAGGAUGUGCACAGGCUCCGAGGCCAGAGCUGUAAGGAGCCCCCAGAAGUGCAGUCUUUCAGGGAGAAGAUGGCAUUUUUCACCCGGCCUCGGAUGAAUAUCCCAGCUCUCUCUGCAGAUGACGUCUAAUCGCCAGAAAAGUAUUUCUUUUGUUCCACUGACCAGGCUGUGAACAUUGACUGUGGCUAAAGUUAUUUAUGUGGUGUUAUAUGAAGGUACUGAGUCACAAGUCCUCUAGUGCUCUUGUUGGUUUGAAGAUGAACUGAUUUUUUAGUUUGGGUCCUACUGUUGUUAUUAAAAACAGAACAAAAACAAAACACACACACACACACACACACAAAACAGAAACAAACAAACAAAAAAAAAACCAGCAUUAAAAUAAUAAGAUUGUAUAGUUUGUAUAUUUAGGAGUGUAUUUUUGGGAAAGAAAAUUUAAAUGAACUAAAGCAGUAUUGAGUUGCUGCUCUUCUUAAAAUCGUUUAGAUUUUUUUCAGUUUGUACAGCUCCACCUUUUAGAGGUCUUACUGCAAUAAGAAGUAAUGCCUGGGGGACGGUAAUCCUAAUAGGACGCCCCGCACUUGUCACAGUACAGCUAACUUUUCCUAGUUAACAUAUUUUGUACAAUAUUAAAAAAAUGCACAGAAUCCAUUGUUGGGGGGGGAGGGAUUCAGAGGUGCAUCCAUGGAUCUUCUUGAGCUGUGACGUGUUUUUAUGUGGCUGCCCAACGUGGAGCGGGCGGUGUGAUAGGCUGGGUGGGCUAAGCAGCCCAGUCUAUGUGGGUAACAGGCCACGCUGGUCUCAGAUGCCCAGUGAAGCCACUAACAUGAGUGAGGGGAGGGCUGUGGGGAGCUCCAUUAAGUUUUAUCUCCAUCAAUAAAGUGGCCUUUCAAAAAGAA